UCUCCCUAGAGAAACUAAGGUGCAGAAGUUUUGUUUACAAUGCACUCCUUAUGAGAGCUAGAACUGGGUGAGCUUCUGUUUUAACAGCUUUAUUUUCUUUUCCUUGGCCCUGUUUUUGUCACUGUCACCACCUUUAAGGCAAAUGUUAAAUGCGCUUUGGCUGAAACUUUUUUUCCUAUUUUGAGAUUUGCUCCUUUAUAUGAGGCUUUCUUGGAAAAGGAGAAUGGGAGAGAUGGAUAUCAUUUUGGAAGAUGAUGAAGAGAGUAAAAAAGGGGACAAAUGGAAAUUUGUGUUGCAGAUAGAUGAGGAGCCGACAAAAAAGAGCCUCAGGAUCCAGCACACAUUAUCACAAACUUAGUGUCCAUCCAUCACUGCUGACCCUCUCCGGACCUGACUCCACCCCUGAGGGACACAGGUCAGCCUUGACCAAUGACUUUGAAGUACCAUGGAGAACAGGGGGCCAGAACUUCGGCAGUAAAGAAUAAAAGGCCAGACAGAGAGGCAGCAGCAGAUAUCUACUUCCGACACAGCUGCAAUCACUAGCAAGCUCUCAGGCCUGGCAUCAUGGUGCAUUUUACUGCUGAGGAGAAGGCUGCCGUCACUAGCCUGUGGAGCAAGAUGAAUGUGGAAGAGGCUGGAGGUGAAGCCUUGGGCAGACUCCUCGUUGUUUACCCCUGGACCCAGAGAUUUUUUGACAGCUUUGGAAACCUGUCGUCUCCCUCUGCCAUCCUGGGCAACCCCAAGGUCAAGGCCCAUGGCAAGAAGGUGCUGACUUCCUUUGGAGAUGCUAUUAAAAACAUGGACAACCUCAAGCCCGCCUUUGCUAAGCUGAGUGAGCUGCACUGUGACAAGCUGCAUGUGGAUCCUGAGAACUUCAAGCUCCUGGGUAACGUGAUGGUGAUUAUUCUGGCUACUCACUUUGGCAAGGAGUUCACCCCUGAAGUGCAGGCUGCCUGGCAGAAGCUGGUGUCUGCUGUCGCCAUUGCCCUGGCCCAUAAGUACCACUGAGUUCUCUUCCAGUUUGCCAGUGUUCCUGUGACCCUGACACCCUCCUUCUGCACAUGGGGACUGGGCUUGGCCUUGAGAGAAAGCCUUCUGUUUAAUAAAGUACAUUUUCUUCAGUAAUCAAAAA